GGGUCGGAGCGCGCGCCGCUUUUCCUCCAUUAUUAGCCCGCAGAGCCGCUACUUUGCCUCGGUGACUUCGCCUGCAACCCUUGCGCCCCCGGAGGGACCCGAACCGUGUCCGGCUGCUCGUCCGGUCCAGGGUCUUGGAGUUUCCCUCGGGACAUGCUGAAGCAGCAACAACCGGCACCGUCAAGCCGCAAACCAGCCGUCAUGGCAGUGCCCGGAAACGGCUCCCCUGGGAGCCCCAACGGUAGCCUCCCUUCUGCUGGAAGCCGGGGCCAGGAGCGUGGCGGAGCCGGCAGGGGCAGAAGCAUCGUGAAAGGACUCCAGCCUCCGGUGUUCGAAGGAGUUUAUAACAAUUCCCGCAUGCUGCAUUUUUUAACUGCUGUUGUGGGCUCCACGUGUGACGUGAAGGUGAAAAAUGGUGGCGUUUAUCAGGGGAUUUUCAAAACCUUAAGUUCCAAGUUUGAACUGGCUGUUGAUGCCGUACACAAGAAGACAAACGACCAGGUCGUGGGUCCGAAACGAGAGGACAUCGUGGACACCAUGAUUUUCAAACACUCCGACGUCACGCUCGUUCACUUCCGCAAUGUAGACUUCAACUAUGCUACGAAAGAUAAAUUUACUGAUUCCGCCAUCGCCACGAGCUCCAAAGUGAACGGAGAACACAAAGAAAAGGUUCUUAUGCGCUGGGACGGCGGGGAAAACACUGAUGAUUAUGACCUGGACUCGGACAUGUCCAAUGGCUGGGAUCCGAAUGAUAUGUUCAAAUUCAACGAAGACAAUUAUGGUGUGAAGACCACCUAUGACAGCAGCCUGUCUUCUUACACGGUCCCUCUAGAGAAAGAUAACACUGACGAGUACCGGCAGCGGGAAGCACGGGCGACCCAGCUAGCCAGAGAAAUCGAGUCCAGUCCUCAGUACCGGCAGCGGAUUGCCAUAGAGAACGAUGACUGCAAGACGGAGGAGGAGAAGCACAGCGCUGUCAUACGGCCAAACUCUGACCGCGACAGUCCUAGUCUGGGCUCCAGAGACGGGAAGUACGUUCCCCUUCCUCAACGUGUCCGGGAAGGCACACGAGGUGGAAUGAGAAGUGGCUCCACACGGGGAGGGCGACCAGGAAUGGGAUCCAUUACUCCACGUGGACCUUCUCAGCAUUAUCCGGAUACCAGCUCCAGUCCGGUGUCGGAGCAGAGAGGCAUCAAUGGGGGGCCCUCACGGAUGUCUCCCAAAACUCAGAGGCCAAUAAGAUCCUCAAAGCCUAUGUCUUCUCCGUCCAGCCGCCCUGGAGAGGUGUCCACUUCCCCAUCAGCUGCCUCUCGUGUCUACUCGCCGCUCUCUCCAAAAUCCACCUCUUCCGUCGCUUCCUUGGAGAAUGCCGUGGCGGCGUCCUCUCCGGCUUCCACUCCUGACUCUCGGCCACCGGCAGAGCCCAGCGUGUCCGCCAAACCUCCCUCUCCCAAGAGCGUGACCCCAACCUUACCCGGGGAAGGUAAAGAGAUGCCUCCUGUGGCCUCUAAAGAGUCGAGCCGCGCGACGGAGCCGACGGCCCCAUCUGAUACGGUGAAGCCUUGUAAAGUGCUGCAGACGGAACAGAAGAGGAUUCAGCUGGAUGAGCUGCGCAAGUUUGGUGCCGAGUUCCGGCUCCAGGAAAGCGCCGGUCCGGAUUCCGCCGCCGACGGCUUCCCGGGGAGGCAGAGAGACGCCUUGGACAGUAAAGUCACUCCGGCAGAUCUGGCGACGUGCGAGGUAGCCGAGCCCCUGAACAUGGUGCAGAAAGUCGCCGAGCCGGCGGGAGACGCCAAAGACGAGCGAGUGUGCGAGAGCUCCGAGCGGCAAGACGAAGCUCCGAGCCCGUCAAGCAAAACUCUGCCAGAAAGCAAGGAGGAGCCUGCGGUGUGCGAGUACGUGCGCCACGGAAGAGAGAGCGCGGGACAGGUGAAAAAAUCUACCCUCAAUCCCAACGCUAAGGAGUUUAACCCUUCAAAGCCUCUGCUUGCUGUGAAUAAAGCGACUAGCACGCCAACCUCUCCUGGACCAAGGAACCAUUCCUCUGCCACCACGAUCCCCAUGCUGGCUGCGGGGCAGAGCGGGGUGUACAGUCCCUACAUCUCCUACAUCCCCCAGCUUCACUCGGUUGCCCCGUCUUGUUUCCGCCAGGCUCCUCAGAUGUAUUCGUACCCCGUCUCUGGCUCCGUUCCUGGACAGCAGGGGAAAUACAGACCAAAAGGAUCUCUGCCUCCGCAGCGCUCGGACCAGCAGAAUUCCGCGCCACCCAUGAUGCAGGCGGCUGCAGCCGCCGGGCCGCCCCUGGUGGCCGCCACACCGUAUUCCCCCUACAUCUACAGCCCUCAGCAGUUCCCGGGGCAGCCAACCAUGAUGCAGACCAUGGCACAUUAUCCUUCCCAGCCCGUCUUCGCACAGAUGCUCCAGGGUAACCCGCGGAUGAUCACAUCUGGCAAUCACCAAGCCCUGGUGUCUUCCUCUAACAGCCAGUACCCCCCCACGGAUCAGCCUGCGCCGCAGACGCUGUACGCCACAGUGCAUCAGCCAUACUCUCACCAUGCCGCUCAGCUUCACCCGCAGCCUGCUAGCACCCCUACACAGAACCAGCAGCAGUCCCAGCAUGCCAACCCCAGCCCCGUACAGCACCAAGGCGGGCAGCCUCCACACCUGGCUAGCGGCCAGCCCCAGCAGAGCUUGUACCACACGGCCACAUUAACGGCCACUCCGCCGUCCAUGACUCCUGGGCCCACCGCACAGUCCCCGCAAAGCACGUACCCGCAGCAGGCAGUGUAUGCCAUCCAUGCCCACCAGCAGCUCCAGCACGGCUACGCCAACAUGUCCCACGUGGCUCAGGCUCAUGUACAGUCUGGAAUAACCGGAGCACCCCCUCCUCCCCACCCUGGUGGUCCUCACCCUUCACAUCCUGGCGGCCCCCAUCCUACGCAGGUCAUGCUCCUGCACCCCUCCCAGACGCACGGCGGACCCCCACAGGCUGGAGUUCAGCAAACAGGAGUAUCCAACCCCUCGCCGUACACCUAUAUACAGCAUCAUCAAGUUCAGUCUCAUCCGUCCCAGCAGCUUCCGUACCACCCCCCCGGUAACUGAGCUUAGCGUCAAACUGUGAAUCUACCCCUCGGCACAUUUCCAAUCCACCCCCCAGCACCUGCCCGGAGCCACGGAACCCGCCUGAGGCCAUCUACACAGACCCCGGGCAUGCGCAGACUUCCUAAAAUGAAUUGGAAGACAUCUGGGGGGGGUCGAUGUGCGCGUCUCCUGCUUCAACAGCCCUGUCUGGGCAAAAGUGGAGCUAACGGCCCCGCGGAGGGCAUCUCCUGGGGUUUUUGGGUCCUGCAGCAUGAGGCAGUUUUUGUCCUUUUUUUACCGGCCCCUCGCGGAUACCCCUUUUUUAGUUUUUUGGUUUGGUCUGUGGGGUGAGGGUUCCUGCCUCUCAUCGUUUUACAGAGACUGGAAUAAAACCGCGUUUUUAUUUUUUAUUUAUAAAAGGAAAUCGGGCUGUUCCGAGGCAGUUUUGUUUUCAGCUAUUACCCCCUCUUCCUCCUCAUCGCUCAUCCGCCCCCCCGGAGUGAUGGACUACUUUUACUUUUUAUUGAAUAAAUAUUUAAAAAAAGAAAAGAAAAAGAAACUACAAAAAAACUUAAAAUCCCAAAAAUAAAAAAAAAUAAAGUUUUAACCCAUA